CGUGUCGGAGCGCCUGGUAAAUUUGGAACAUUGGAACGUUGAAACAUCCUGUAAAUUCUUUCCCAUUUUCUGGCAAAAUGCUGCUAUUUUACACGUCUACAGGGAGAAAAAAGAACUGGUAGAGAUUUUUACGGAUUUCAUGAAGCAGGUUGUAGCUAUUUAUUUGACGUCUGGCGGGGAAAGUGAUAUGACGUAGUUUCAGCUCGAUGUCGAUGCUUUAAUUGUGAACUGGACGUUACCAAAUGGAGAAGAAAUCUAGAUUUGAACUCAUUAAAAUUGUAGAAGCCCAGAAAGAGCAACUAACUCGGUAUGAAACAAGGCUCAGAGGUAAGAGAAUUUCUUACUUUACGCGCUUAUGUUUUAUGUUUUUUUCAGGAAAAGACAAACUUGAACUAGUACUUCGACUCAUUCUUCUAAACGGUUGGUUCAGCUCUGAAUUGAGGACUGCCACCUAUCUCGGGUUGACAUUUGAACAGUCAAAGAAAGCAGCAUUGUUAAAAUAAUCAACAUAUUCUCAUCUGGUCAAUAGCUCCCAGGGCUGUCACUAAGGACCUUCCCUAAUUCCCUGCCUACUUAUUGGAUUUAUCCACUAACUAAAUGACAGCCCUGAGCUGAGCUCAGGAACUCUUUAAAGUUUUUUUAGCCGAUGGAUUGGGGUCUAAAGCUUUUUUAGCUAAGUUUGGGGUCCGUUUAUCAGGCAGUUGUUCGAAGGCCGAUUAGUGCUAACCCGGGGUUAAAUUUUAAUGCAGGUUUCUUUUUCUUUUGUUUAAAAGCAUUUUCUCGGAUAAUUUUCUCUAUUCCUUUUGGAACGUCCAGUCAUCACAUUGUUGACAAAAAGAAUUAAACUGAAUUUUCCUUUCAAGCUUUCAUAACUGAAUUCAAAUUUCACCCUAACCCUAAGUUAACUUAACCCCGCUUUGAACAACCUGGCCCAGAAUUACUGGUAUACCUUUGAGAAACAGACAAAAAACCUGAAAUCCAAACCUGACUGAUAGUAGUAUGGGUUCUAGCUCACAAACUGGUCCAUUUUGUUUCAUUAACAGAUAGGUUUAUUUUUAACUUCCAAAACUAUUACAGUCAAACCGGGAAAACUGUGAACACCAGAAAUAUUUCUGGAAUGUUAUUGUGUCGCAAGAAAAAGCCAAUUGCGUGUGAGAAACUAAACCGCAAGCAAGAAUGUUAAUUAGUUUGUGGUUUUGUGGCUAGUUUGCAUGUCCUGAUCUUUGUGUUUGGUCACAACACAAUAAACAGUCCUGCAAUAUUGCAAGUGUUCACUGUUUUGCCAAUUUGCCAGCAAUAAAAUUGACCUUGUAAGCAUAAAACCGCUCUCCAGAGCCUAAUAUAACUAGGACAUUCGAGAAGUGGGCGACAAAAGGAUGAUAAUAAGGCAAAGAGUAAGGCCCUUCCUCUCCUUCUCUCUACACUGGAUUUCUGUAGAUGAGAGCUUUUUCACAGGCUAAUAAACUACACAAAGUGAAUAAUCUUACCAAGGACCAAAUGAAGUGUCCACAAGAGUGAUGUUUCAAGAGUGAUGUUUCAAGAGUGUUUUCUAAUAGAGAGGUAUCUACAUAAGAGAUUUAACUGCAUAUAAUUGUAGUUGUUUCAUUUGUUACAUUGAUUAUUUAACAGAUGUUGUCCAUGCCUACAAGAAUUUGUUGAGAGAGAAAGACGCCUUGGAAGCCAGUGUCAAUGUCUUGACAACCUCCAGUAACCAUGCGCCAAAAAGCCUUCAAAAGGAAGCAGCAGAAUCAGAGGCUGAUAAUCAUACUGGGGUGAAUGGAAGGAAUGAAAGCAAGAAAACAAAUAAAGAAGAGGGUGCAAAAAACCCUUUGAAAGGAGAAAGUGUGGAAGGAAAAGAAGUUUUGGACCAUCCAUUAGCAGUGAAAGAAAAUGAAGUGGAAGGUGAAGAUCAGUCUCAGCUUGCUGGCAAGGUACAAUGUAUCUGUAUAAUUAUGCAGCUUUAAUGAUAAUAAUUGAUCAACAAUAAGUAUACAGAUUACAUAAAAUGAUUAAUCUAGAGGCUAGUGGGAAAGCGUGCUGAGUGAUUAUUUUAAUUAUUAGUUUUUAUGUUUUUGCAAGUCCAAAAAAAUAUCUUUUGGUUUUAAUUAGCACAAUCACCUUAACUAAGUGUCCAUGUUGUAGGUAAAAUUUGUUAUUAGGUUAAAUCAGUACUGCUUGUAACUUAUUAGGGUUAGCUUUUUGUUACAGUUCUAAGUAAACAAAUGACUACAGCCCUACAGCCCCUGUACUUACCAGACUGGAUGAUUUUAAAUGUAGGUCAUAAAAAACAGUGGGAGUCAAACUACGGUUAACUUUCUCUUUAUGGACUGCCUUUCGAUUCUUUACACCUUUUAGUUAACUCUCUACACAAGAUGGACAUCUCUCUCAGACGGACACUUGGCGCUGGUCCAGUAAAAAUGCCUGACUUGGGAGAGUUGACUGUAUUAAAUAUUAUUUUCUCCUAACAUUUCACCAUCCUUUUCUAUACACUAACUUACAAUUAAUCAAGUUAUAAUAGUAAACGAUUAAGAGAUGUCCUGUUACAUUGUACGGUUUAUUAAGUAACCUUUGGUUACCUCUUGACUGUAGGAAAACAAUUCAUCUUUACAAGCAGAGUUGGACACACAGCAGGAAAAGGUUGCGACUCUCAGUGCUUCACUUGCCACUGUAAUGCAGCAGAAAUCAAAGAUGGAGGCCAGCUACCAGGCAGAUAAAAAGAAAAUGAUGGUUGGUUUUUGUAAUAUUCCUUGAUUUAGUAAUUAAAUAUAGAAAGUUUUACAAUGCAAUCUUAAGACACAAUUAAUGGAGUGUGACUCAGUUUGUCAGGGUUUAAGGUCACACAACAUUAGGAUAUCUCUGCUAGUUAGAAUUACGAACUCCUCAAGAUUGACAAGUAUGAAAGUUAAGCUAAGUUUACCUAAGUUAACUUCACUUUAGGUUAAGUUGCACAUUAAUUUACGGCUUACACUUGCCAUUGCAAAUAACUUGUAGUAUGUUAAAUCACUGUCAAGUGUGGGAAAUUACUAGACACAAUAGAAGACAUUAGCGUAUGUUUCAAUCUAGCUGGCUACAUAUGUAUCACUUGCUCUUUAUGGCUAGUUAAAAUUAUUUACAUGUUUACCUCAUGGAGCACCUCAUGUGCUCCCUUUAUUCAGUAGUACAACAUUUAUCAUUGGCUGACCCUCAGACAUUAAGCUAACUAAAGGUCUUGUUCAAAAAGUUUUUUGAAAAUCCCACCCUUCCCUCCCUCUGGAGUUAUUGUUUUUAUCAAUAAACGCCGGCUCACCACUCUUUAUUCCCUUUCAGCUUAAGUCUUGCACGGACUUCCCCAAGCUUUGUUUUUUAGCGAUUUUAUUGCUACGUUCUUGAAUUGCCAUUAUUCCAGCACAUGUCAGCUCAUAGGUCUGAUAUAAAGAUAAAAUGGCUUGAACAAUAUAAUUGCCUACACUCAUUCCAUUAAGUUGCACAUGUACAAUGCUGGCCAGUGGUCUUAGCUCGUAGUACCGUGGAGAGUUAGGCUGUAAGAUAUAUGUUUUGGACCUACCUAGAACUUGUCCAAUCCGGCAUAGAUCUUUUAAAGUAACGCCGGGGAGAUAAGUUAGGCUACAUGGUCAUGCUAUGGAAGUCAUCUGCCCUGCCAAUUGCAGAGCGAUGCUCCCCCCUUUAUUCCAUAUGUCUUGUUGCUGUGUUUUUACUUAACCUUGUCUUUUAAAGCAUAGUUAAGGAACUGCAACAUUAAAUGAUGGCAAAAAAGAAGUAUCAUGCCUCUUAACCUAAGUACUAAGUAGCUUUUUCUUGUUUUAUAGCAAGAACAUGAAGUUAAAAACCAAGAACAUGAACAAGAAAUAGAGAAGUUGAAAAGUAACUUAGAGUCCCUGGAAGAACAACUUCAAGAGGUUUGUAUUGAACCUUUAAAUGAUGUUACCACUAGUAAAUGCAGGCAUAACCACCAGUGCAAGCACAAGCACAAGGAUCAAACUUUUUCCUUCAACUGUACUUGCAAUCAGGUUGUAGGCUCUGCUCAUCACCAAUCACUUUCACACAGGUCUCCUACAUGUAUGCUUGCAUGUAUGCUAACUUGUAACACUAGUGAAAACCAGGUGUGCUUACCUUUUGUAUAGAAAACUGGAGUGGCUCAUGCGGGGAGUAAUUCUUUUUUUGGUUUAAUCGGAAUUCCCACAAAUUUCCGUACCAUUUGGUUCACCAUACCAGUGCAAGGCUAUUUUGGAGAAGACAGCAAGGCCCAAGAUGGCAGUUUGCGUGAUGAAUCUUUCUUUCCAAAUGAUUUCCGAAAGUGACAGUGGUUUAUCCUCAUCACCUCGCAUGUGUACCAGAGGUGCAGGAUUGUACGAGUUUCAGUCAGAUUCAAAGGUCAUGAGAUUUUGGACUUUUUCAGACAAAGUUUCCUAUUUAUGUACAUCUUAGAAUGUUAAUAAUUAAUAUAAAUCUGCCCACAAAAUUUAAAUAAAGACUUGAAAUUUAUCCACAGCUAAAGUUACGCAUGCGACAUGAACAGCAAGCCCGUGAGGAGGAACAGAACAAUCAUGUCCUGAUGCUGCGUGAACUUCAAAUGUUAGUGUCCACAGAGCGGUCUGCAAAAGAAGACCUAGAACAACAGCUGGAAGAUGCAAAAGAACAGGUCCUACUGACUCAGAGAUUACCUGGCAGCAAGACUGAAGAGUAUCAAUGUCAAAUCUCCCAGCUGCAACUAGAGUUACAACAGGUUAAAAGAAGACUAAAAGAGGCAGAGAAAGUUGCUUCUCAACCUUCACCUCUGCUGGUUCAGUUGCAGAAUGAGAUGUCUAAGAUGAAGAAAGAGCAUUCUGAGGCUGUUGUUAAAGAGCAGAAGAGAGCUAAUGAAGCUGAAGAACAGUUGAGGAUCAUCACAAGUUUGGAAGAGUGUAGGGUGGCAGACUUGGGUAGGUAUCUAGUAGUAAUCUCACUCUUCAGGUAGCUAUAAUGGUAUGUAUACACAGAGGAUUAUUCUACCUUGUGGGUGAAAGACCAUCAGCUGUUGAUAGUUGUACAGAGAUUGUCUACAAAGUGACAUGGGCUUGGUCUAAGAAUUUCCACAAACUACGUCUGACAUACCACAUCAAACAUCCGACAUCAGACGUUUCACAUACCACGUCAGACAUCUGACAUCACAAGUCAGACAUCUGACAUAUCACAUCAAACAUCGGACAUUAGUAAUCUGACAUCAGAUGUCUGACAUACCACAUUGGACAUCAGACAUUUAUUUUUCACUACGCUUAUUGUCUUUGCCAGCUAGCUUAAUAUGGCAAUGACCAACCUGGAAGCAUUAACUACUUUGGUCAUUGCGCACAUCUUAAUUCCUUAAUUUCUUGUUAUCUUUAUUUCUGACAUUGUUCUGCAAGGUACUUAUACAAAUUAAAGUUCCAAUGCAAUCAAUAUGUAAAUAGUGCAAACACAAUAAAAUCAAUAAAAUUUAAACUCUAAAAAAAUGACUGAUGUGUUAUGUCUGAUGUGGUAUGUGAGACAUCUAAUUUCUGAUGUGGUAUGUCAGACACAUGAUGUCCGAUGUGGUAUGUCAGACGUCUGAGAUCAGAUGUCUGAUGUGGUACAUCGAACGUACACUGCGGUGGGUCAGAUGUCUGAUGUGGUAUGUCAGAUGUCUGAUAUGGCAUGUUGACCAGAUGUCUGAUGUGGUACGUCAGAUGUCUGAUAUGGUAUGUCAGACAUCUGAUAUGGUGUGUCAGAUGUCUGAUGUGGCAUGUUGACCAGAGGUCUGAUGUGGUAUGUCAGAUGUCUGAUAUGGUAUGUCAGACAUCUGAUGUGGUAUAUCAGACAUCUGAUAUGGUGUGUCAGAUGUCUGAUGUGGCAUGUUGACCAGAGGUCUGAUGUGGUAUGUCAGAUGUCUGAUAUGGUAUGUCAGAUGUCUGAUAAGGUAUGUCAGACAUCUGAUGUGGUAGGUCAGACGUCUAUUGUGGUAUGUCAGAUGUCUGAUAUGGUAUGUCAGAUGUCUGAUGUGGUAUGUCAGACAUCUGAUGUGGUAUGUCAGACAUGUGAUAUGGUAUGUCAGACGUCUGAUAAGGUAUGGCAGGUGUCUGAUGUGGUAUAUCAGACAUCUGAAGUCCGGAUGCCCAAUGUGGUAUAUCAGACGUCUGAUGUGGUAUGUUAGAUUCUGAUAUUGCAUGUCAGACGUCUGAUGUGUAGGUGGUAUGUCAGAUGUCUGAUAUGGUAUGUCAGACCUCUGAUAAGGUAUGUCAGACAUCUGAUGUUGUAUAUCAGAUGUCUGAAGUCAGAUGCCCAAUCUGGUAUGUCAGACUUCUGAUAUAUGUCAGACAUCUGAUGAGUAUAUGUGGUAUGUCAGACAUCUGAUGUAAUAUGUCAGACAUCUGAUGACAUAUAUCAGAUGUCUGAUGUGGUAUAACAAACGUCUGAUGUAGUAUAUCAGAUAUUGUAUAUCAGACGUCUGAUGACGUAUAUCAGACGUCUGAUGUGGUAUAACAGACACCUGAUAUGGUAUGUCAGACGUCUGAUGUGGUAUGUCAGAAGUCUAAUAUGGUAUGUCACGCGUAUGAUGACGUAUAUCAGACGUCUGAUGUGGUAUAACAGACAUCUAAUAUGGUAUGUCAGACAUCUGAUAUUGUAUGUCAGACAUCUGAUGACAUAUAUCAGACAUCUGAUGUGGUACGUCAAAUGUCUGAUAUUGUAUGUCAGACAUCUGAUGACGUAUAUCAGACGUUUGAUGUGGUAUAACAGACGUCUGAUAUUGUAUGUCAGACAUCUGAUAUUGUAUGUCAGACGUCUAAUGACAUAUAUCAGACAUCUGAUGUGGUACGUCAAAUGUCUGAUAUUGUAUGUCAGACGUCUGAUGACGUAUAUCAGACGUCUGAUGUGGUAUAACAGACGUCUGAUAUGGUAUGUCAGACAUCUGAUAUUGUAUGUCAGACGUCUGAUGACGUCUGAUGUGGUAUAACAGACAUCUAAUAUGGUAUGUCAUACGUCUGAUAUUGUAUGUCAAAUGUCUGAUAUUGUAUGUCAGACGUCUGAUGAUGUAUGUCAGACGUUUGAUGUGGUAUAACAGACGUCUGAUAUGGUAUGUCAGACAUCUGAUUUUGUAUGUCAGAUGUCUGAUGACGUCUGAUGUGGUAUAACAGACAUCUAAUAUGGUAUGUCAGACAUUUGAUAUUGUAUGUCAGACGUCUGAUGACAUAUAUCAGACGUCCGAUGUGGUAUGUCAGAUGACUGAUAUUGUAUGUCAGAUGUCUGAUGACGUGUAUCAGAUGUUUUGAUGUGGUAUAACAGACCUCUGAUAUGGUAUGUCAGACGUCUGAUGUGGUAUAACAGACGUGUGAUAUGGUAUGUCAGAUGUCUGAUAUUGUAUGUCAGACGUCUGACAUAUAUCACAUGUCUGAUGUGGUAUGUCAGAUGUCUGAUAUUGUAUUUCAGACGUCUGAUGAAAUAUAUCAGACGUCUGAUGUGGUAUGUCAGAUGUCUGAUAUUGUAUGUCAGAUGUCUGAUGACGUAUAUCAGACGUCUGAUUUGGUAUGUCAGAUGUCUGAUACAUUAUGAGAUAUAAUAUGACAUAUGUUAUGAGAUUCCUUUUGUUUUAAGAUGUUUUUGAUUUAUAUAGUAGAUAACUUAGGCUAUAUUUGAAUUAUAUUAUAGAUAUUAUAAUUUAGAUUUUUUAUAUUCUAUUUUGUAAUUAGGUAGCGCUUUGGACAAUUAUUGGAUUUUAGCGCUAUAUAAAUAAAAUUAUUAUUAUUAUUAUUAUUUGAUAUUGUAUGUCUGAUGAUGUAUAUCAGACGUUUGAUUUGGUAUAACAGACGUCUGAUAUGGUAUGUCAGAUGUCUGAUAUUGUAUAUCAGACGUCUGAUGUGGUAUAACAGACAUGUGAUAUGGUAUGUCAGAUGUCUGAUAUAGUAUGUCGUGCUACUUUAAGUUUGAAAAUGUUAUCAAAUUUAUAUUAAGACUUAGCAUUCUCUCUACAGUGUGCAAAAAAAUUGAAUGAAUGCAUUUAUUUUGCUUAGUUCUGAUCCUAUUCAGCCUAGUUUUGCAAGCGCUUCCCCAGCUAGUGAUAGCAUAGGUUAAAUAUGGAUAGGUGAAAGAGUAAUACAGUUGUUUCAUUGUAUUCAGAUUUACAAAGUGUCUUAAUUUGGUAAUAGUUGCUAUAUUUUUUGCUAAUUUAUUGUUGAUAUGUGUAAUCUGAGGUCUGCAGUGUAAGUGUUGAUCUAUAUACACACCCAGGUACUUUAUUUGGCUUUUGAUCUUGAUGUUAUUUACAUUUAUACUUCCACUUAACCUUGAGGAUGAGACUAGGAUGUAAUUUGUCUUUGAAAAGUUUAUAGAUAAUUUGUUAAUGGCACAGCACUUAUUGACUUAAAUUCUUCAUUCAUGAUAGACUCAAGGUUAUGCAGAUUAUUAAUUGUAUAAAACAUAUCAGUGUCAUCAGCAAAUAUUCAGAAGGAUAGUUUGCUUGAACAGUUUGGCAAAUCAUUAAUAUAAAGCAGAAAUAAGAGUGGACCCAAAGUUUAUCCCUGAGGCAUUCCCCAGAUAAUGGUCUGACUUCUAGAUAUAGUGUCACCAAUUUUGACGACCUGAUUACGAUUGUAUAAGUAGUUUUCAAACCAUCUGAGAGGAUUUCCGCGUAAACCAUAUCUAUGGAGUUUCAAUAACAGAAUAUCAUGGUUAAUUGUGUCAUUAGUGCCUUUGAAAAGUCAAGAAAAAGACCGCAGGUGACCAAUUUUUUAUCCAUAGACCUGCUCAGUGAAGUAUCCCUUUCUAAAUCCAAAGUGAUACUUAAACAAAAUGCUAUAUUUUCAAGAAAGUUGUAUGGUUGGUUAUAAAUUAACUUAAAGUUUUCAAAAACCUUUCUAAAAGAUGAGAGAGUUGAAAUAGGCCUAUAGUUUGCUGUAAACUGGAGUAACCUGUGAAACUUUUAAUAUAUUUGGAACUAUACCAGUUUCAAUCGAUUGAUUAUAAUUUUGCGUGAAUGGAACAGAUAAUGGCUCAGCCGCUAUUUUUAUUAGUUUGUUAGGUAUGCCAAUUGAUGAUUUGUUUGCAUCCAGGUUUCUAAACAAGUUAGAAACCUGAUCUUCUGAGACAUUUUCCAUAACAAAACUGUUAAUUGAAGAUGACGAGAUAUAUUGUGUAGGAUUUUCAUUGCUUUUGUCAAUUUUACUGGCCAAGUUUGGGCCUACAUUAAUAACAUGUUUAUUAAACUGAUCUGCAAUAUCUUCAUUAUUGGUAUAUAUCUUGUUAUUCCUAUCUAUUCUUAGGGGAAUAGACUGGCUUUCUGUCUUUCUCUUUAUCAGUGUGCCAAUAAGUUUCCAAGUAGCUUUUAAAUUACUUUUACACAUCUCAAAGUGCAUGCAGAAAUAUGUCUUCUUACUAAUAUUCUUGUUCUGGUUGAGCUUAUUUGAAUAUUUUUUGAAUUCAACUAUUUUGAUUGGGUCAUGAGAUAAAAAAUAGGUUGUAUACAUAGUGUGCUCAGAUUUGAUAGAUUUAAUGAUUCCUCUUGUUAACCAAGGUAUUUUAAGAGCCUUUGUUGAUUCCUAGACAGUUUUCUUUUUGGUGCAUGUUUUUCAACAAUCAAUUCAAUAAUCAAUUGAAUAUACCACAUCAAAAUAAUGUCUGACAUAUCUUAUAAGACGUCUGAGGUUACACAUCAGACAUCAAACAUGAGAUAUCUGACAUCAGACAAAAGACAUCAGACGUCUGAUAUACCACAUCAAACACGUGAUAUCGGACGUCUGACAUACCACAUCAGACAUGGAACAUACAUUUGAUAUCAGACAUCAGACAACUGACAUCAGAUGUGUGACAUACCACAUCUGACAUCAGACGUCCGACAUAUUACAACAAACAUUAGACAUCGGACACCUGACAUCAGACAUCUCACAUACAGCAUCAAAUGUUAGACGUCUGAUAUACGACAUCAGACAUCUGACAUACCACAUCAAACAUCUGACAUUAGCAAUCUCACAUAACACAUCUGACAUACCACAUCAGACAUCGGACUUCAGAUGUCUGAUAUACCACAUCUGCUGUCUGACAUACCACAUCAGACAUCUGAUAUACCUCAUCAGACGUGUGACAUCAGAGGUCUGACAUAUCAUAUCAGACGUCUGACAUACCACAUCGGACAUCUGACUUCAAAUGUCUGAUAUACCACAUCAGACUUCUGACAUACAAUAUCAGACGUCUGACAUACCAGGUCAGACGUCUUGCAUACCAUAUCAGGCAUGUGUCAUACCAUAUCAGAUGUCUGACAUACCACAUCGGACAUCAGACAACUGACAUCAGACGUCUGGUGACUCUGAUACACCACAUCAGACAACUGACAUCAAACGUCUGACAUCAGACAUCUGACAUACCACAUCAAACAUUGGACAUCAGACAUAUGAAAUAUUAUGACAGACAAUUGACAUACCACAUCAAACAUGGGACAUCAGUCAUCUGGCAUCAGAUAUCUGAUAUACCGUAUCAGACAACAGACAUCAGGCAUCUGACAUGCAACAUCUGCUAUCAGACGUCUCAUAUACCAUAUCAGACAUCAGAUGUAUGACGUACCAUGACCUGCAGGUUAUGACCUCUCACUAAACUCAUACAGGUGGAAGGGGGGUGGAAAUCUGCAUGUAGGCAUGUAGGGGUUUAUUCUUGAGGUAUGCUUGAACUCUCUAGGCUUAGAACCUCAAAUGAGUAAAACUUGUAGUCAUGAAAAAACCUGUUAAAAAUUACAGUCUGUACAAAAUGACACUAUUAUAUAAACUUCCUUAAAUUUCAGCGAUUAAAGCAUCUUGAUUUGCCCGUAGCUUGCUGUAAACCAUCUUUAAAGGUCAGUACACACUAGGCAACAAGUUUCAGCAACACAUUGUGGUGACACAUCGCUGCAACAAACACAUCAGAGGUCUGAUAUACCACAUCAGAUGUCUGACAUACCAUAUCAGACGUUUGACAUACCAUAUCAGAUGUGUGACAUACCACAUCAGACAUCUGACAUACCACAUCAGACGUCUGACAUACCAUAUGACAUAUGUGACAUACCACAUCAGACAUCUGAUAUCAGACAUCUGACAUACUAUAUCAGACAUCUUUUGUCAGAUAUCUGACAUACCACAUCAGAUAUCUGACAUAUCACAUCAAACAUUGGACAUCACACAUGUGAAAUAUUACAACAGAUAUCUGACAUACCACAUCAAUCACCAGACAUCAGUCAUCUGACAUCAGACGUCUGAUAUACCGCAUCAGACAACAGACAUCAGAUGACUGACAUUGGACAACAGACAUCUGCCAUGAGACGUCUCAUAUACCACAUCAGAUGUCUGACAUACCAUGACCUGCAGGUUAAAGUUCUUCACAAACCGUAGAACGUAUGCUGUUACGCUGAGAAGUCUGGAGAGAGUGCUGAAUCUUGAAACAUCAAUAAGAUUAUGGAUGCCUAGCUCUUUCUCCGUCGGAUCUGUCUGAGUCGUCCCAUUCCUGGUUGUGGUAUCAGUGUCUUGGCGAUCGGGCGAUGCUCACACAGCUGUAGAUGGAGUAUUUUGAGGAUUCCAAGAUGGCCAUUGCUCGACAAGUGUUAACCAUUGGGGACCAAAGUUGCCAAAGAGAUGAGGUGUGAAGCUGUGUUGUAGAGAUAAUAUAGUAAGCAGAUCAGCAGGGUUUCUUGGGUUGAGCAAUGAUUCAGACAGUAACAGGGAAAUAAGUGUCAUGACCUUUUGGUGCGGUUGGCAAUAAACUGUUUGAGGGGUUUGGAGCUGUGUAACCAAUGGAGGACUAUCUCGCUGUCUGACCACAGAUGGACGGCUGUAAUAUUGGGAAAAUCUCGUUUGAGGGGCUUCUGCUACCGAAAAUAGAGCUUAAGUCUUGUGCCGAUUGAUGCCGCCAUUAGUUCCAAUUGAGGGAAUUAUCAAUUUUCAGUGGAGCAACACGUGACCUUGACAUGACGAGUGAGGUCUGGUCUACAUUAGAAAUGUGAGCUACAGCUCCAUAUGCUUUAGGGCUGGCAUCAGCAAAGACAUGGGCAGAUUGGUUUGUACAUUAGACGGCACUUGUGAGAAGAAGCAUCUGGGUAAGAUCUUGCUAGCCUCUUGGAUAUCUUGGGCCAUGUCAUUCCACUUGGCUUCCAGUUCUGUGGGAAGUGGCUCGUCCCAUUCCAGCUUUCUUUGCCACAGUUCUUGAAUGAGGAGCUGGCCUUCAGUGACUGGAGAUAUGAAUCCCAGUGGAUCAUAAGUCCUUGAGGCAAGUUGUAGUACAUCACGUUUGAGGUUGGUUGACUGGAAGGGAGGCGAGUUCCUUUGGUGCAAGAGAGAUGGUGUCUUGAUUGGUGCCAGCGCAAACCAAGAAUGUUGACCACAGUGCUUGAUCGGCUGUUUGAUCUUGUUCUGCCCCUUCACGAAGUCGUGGGCUAUUGAUGCCCAUGAGCGCAGGUUGAAAUUGGCUUCAUUCAUGAUUGAUCUUGACUCUUGAUAGUAACGGAUGAUGUCAGUUUCUUGGUCACACCCGGAGAUAACAUUGUCUACAUACAUAUUGUUUCCAAUGUCUUUGGCCACAGGUGUACUGUAGUUUUCAGAUGAUGAUGCAGUGUAGCGUUCAGCAUGAAAGGGGAACUGGUGGAACCAAAUAGGACCGUCUUGAAAACGAAAGACCUGAAAUUCGCUUUCCGGAUUCUUAGGGUCUGACAACCAGAAAAAUCGGGUAAAGUCUCGGUCAUUGCCAUCGAGACCGACAUGAAGAAAGGCCUUCAAUAUCUGUGGACAGGCCGUAAGUGAAGGAUCGGAAUCUUAUGAUGAUGGAGCACAUAUCGCUUAGAAAUGGAGGGCCCACCAUAAGGCAGUCGUUCAAACUUGGAGAGUUGUUUGAGGAUCGGGAGCUGCAAUCAAAAACAACUCUGAUAGGUGUGGUAGCAGAUUCUUUCUUGACUGCGUGAUGUGGGAGGUAGUGCGCUCUAUCCAUACUGUCUACAUUGUCAACCCUUUCAAUAAAUCCACGCCUUUCAUGUUCUUUGAUAAUUUUCCCGUACGAGGUAAGAAGGCUAGGUGUCUGAGCAAGGCGGCGUACCAUAGCCCGCGUGCGGCGUGCACAGCUACCAUAGUUGGAAGGUAGUGUGGGAAAAUCUUCCUUCCAUGGGAAUUUGGCGCUGUAACUGCCAUCGGACAUUCUUGUGAUUGAGGAUCUCUGGUAGUGUUGCAGGAAGGACUCCUGGUUAUCCACUUCUGUAGGUGGUGUGAUGCCUAUAGACUCCAGAGACCAGAAAUGUUCAAGAUCACGUUCUGCCGCCGUUGUGGAAGACAGUGUCUGUAGCAGGUUCACAGCAGUGUCAGUGCGAUUGACGCAGUUAGUCUGUAGCGGUCCAGAGAUGAGGUAGCCAAUCUUUGAUUCUACAGCAGUUGGGCCUUGACCGCGGAUGACCUUGUCCAUCACUAUAUCCCAAUAGUGAUCCGCACCAAGUAGAAGUGAGAUUUCAAAAUUCUCGUCCGACGUCACAGGGUGGGCAAGUUGAAGACCCUUAGGUAAGGUAUGGUUCGGACCUGCUGCCGAAAGCGGUUCUGAAGUGGUGUGGUGAUUUGGUCAAUCACAAGGACACGUACUGGUAUGUGUUCCCCAUUGUUAGUGACGAUAGUGAUGUUGGCCAUAGGUAAUCGUCUGUUGGAUGAGGAGUGUGCACCAAAGGCAGACAAGGCAAUAGAUUCAUUCUCUGUGUAAAGUAUGCCUAGUUGAUCAGCCAAGGACUGCGUGAUAAAGGAGCGCUGUGCACCUUCGUCGAAUAGAAUGUUAGCUUCACAGUGCGUAUGGUUAUAGCCAACAGUUGCUACAGCAGUUUUCAAGAGUGAUAUUGGGCCAUUGUUGACUGGGAUAUUCGUUUGAGUAAUUGGUGCGAGAGAGGUAUGUACCCCCUGAAGGGUGGCUCUGCUAUAGAAGUAUGAGGACUGUGAGUGGGAGCCGUAUUGUCAGGUGUGGUCGGAGGGUUGAUGGCAGGAUCAGUGAGGCCCAAACAUAAACUUGUGUGAUGUUUCCCCUACAUUUAUGGCAGCGGAAUUUUGACUGACACACUGAAGACUUGUGUUUCCCCAAACAGUUGAAGCAAUGUCCGAGAGUCUUAACCUUUGUCCAUCUCUCCCGAACGUCAGUGACUACUUGACAAUUGUAGGAGGGGUGGGGACCCUUGCAGUACAGACAUUUUUUAGAUUCUGGUUUACUAGAUUUCCCCAAAUGAGGCUGUUUUCCUUGUAUUUGAGCGAGAAAAAAGAACCAGUGAUUGUUGGGGUGAGUCCAUGAGGGGUGUCGUUAAGUUGGGUACCUGCUUCAAGGAUUCAAUUUCCCUUACAAUAGCUUCUCUCAACUCCUGGAAUUUCCAUUCAGGGCUCUCGUGUUCACAGGGCUAAGAUCUUUCUCAACUCAUGGGGUAACUUUCCCAGGAUAAUUGGAACGAGGAGAUCCCCAUAGCUUUCGUGUGAUCUUCCAAGUGAUUCAAGACCUCUGACAUGAGUUUCCAUGGUAUCAUAAAACAGUUGCAAGCUUGUUAACUGGUUGGCAGGGCUAGCAAUUUCCAGGAGAGCUUGCAUAUGGGCACCUAUGAUCUUACUGGGUUGCCCAAAACGUUCCUUAAAGGAACAGUAUCCCGUUACUGCGCAUGCACCAAACUUUGAUUUUUGGACAGGAUGUCGCGAAAUCAAAAGAUGCGAGGAGAGUAAGAGAACCGUGAAAAAUCCGUUUGCAUCGCGCUUGACCGGGCUCAAUACGACACUAAAACUUCUCAGGAUUACAGAUCAAUGAUAUAUUGUUCCUGUUAAGUUUCGAUUUGGGCAAAAUCUGGAUUUUUGGCGUUACUUUUAUUGCCGUUGGCCGGAGGACCACAAGAUUGGACCUCUCACUAAACUCAUGGAGGUGGAGGAAGGGGUGGGAAUCUGCAUGUAGGGGUUUAUUCUUGAGGUAUUAUUGAACUCUCUAGGCUUAGAACCCUAAUGUGUAAAACCUGUAGUAAGGAAAAAUCCUACUAAAAAUUACAGUCUAUACAAAAGGACACCAUUAUAAUUAAUUUGCUUAAAUUUCAGCAAUUAAAUCAUCUUAAUUUACCCUUUGCUUACUGUAAAUGGUCUUUAAAGGUCGGUACAUGCUAGGCAACAAGUUUCAGCAACACGUUGUGGCAACACAUCGCUGAGAGAAAUUGCUUUGUGUGUGCUGGAGAAUUAUUGUGAAAAUCUCUGCCUCCCCAACAAGUCGCACAAAAUCAAAAGUUUAAUUUGUGCGGCGAAAAGAUUCUGUUGCUGAGACAAAGAUUUCCAGAAAAAUUCUCCAGUACACAUGAAGUGAUUUGUCGCUGUGACGUUUAUCAGUGAAGGGCGUGUCAACAUGCCCUCCUUGGAAACCAGCAGAGUGUUUUUGGUGCUAGCGUGUUUCUCUUGUAAUUUGAAGUUUUAAAUAAAUAUAGUGUUAUUUAUUACCUUGAGCAACUUGUUAGAGCAUAUUAACGCCCGAACUGUACACAUUGAUUGAUUUGUUGCUGCGACUUGUUGCAGGCACAUGUCGCCUAGUCGUGUGUUCCAUCCUUAACACAAUGUACCAUAAAAAACUGGUACAUCAGCUGCAUCCACUUAUCAGAAAAUUUCACUCAGAUCUGGGGCUGCGAAAAGUUGUAACAUCAGCAUUGAAUAAUAUUUUUGUUGUUUUGUACACAUGAUUUGCAGUUUAAGUAAACACAUUUCUUGCCACUGUCUUUACAGAGGUUAAAUUGUCAGAACUGUCAGAAGUUGUUGGAAAUUAUGAAAAACUGAGACUUCAAGAUCAGCAAGCCAUUCAGAAACUUAAAGAUCGCUUGCAUCAGCUGGAUGUAGAGAAUGUAGAAUUAACAAGACAGAUGAGUACUGAUGAAAACCAUGCACCUGACAAUGAAAAGGAAGCUGGCCAAGAUGAAACACCAGAAGAAUUAAAAGAACAAGUUAUGAAGUUGAAAGGACUGCUAAAAAUUGCUUUGAACUCAUCAGACAAGCCAUUAGAUUUGGGUAAGAAUAAUACACUAUAAUGUGCAGUGAUGUGUGUUUACCAAAGCUAGGAGAUGCCACUAGGUAAGCCCUGAUUUUCAAGUUGAAAAUGAAAUACUGUGCUGUUUAGUUUUUCAUCUUAUCCCAAUCCUCCCAUGACUUGAUGCACGCUUACCCUAGCUAGCUGGCCCUUUACCAUUUUGAAAGCUACAAAGCCGCAGGAAGCCUUCACUGCCAGAGUUAAUUGCAGUUUCUGUUACUAUUUCCUCUACAUAGAUGAAUAAGUUUUGUAGUUGUCUUCUAAAUUCUUACACAGUAACCAUUCAUUUAAAAGCUACUGAACUUACACAGUAGGUUUCUAUACAGUUUUAUUUGAGAGGUGAGUUGAAGUAGUUCUGAUAUUUCUAUUUUUUUUGGAAACAGGCAAGCCCAUAUUGUUUGUUUGUCCUUUUUUUCCAUCUCCUUAGAAUUGGAAGAGCUGAGCAACAAGUCAGAGUUUGAGUCUGUCUUUGUCAGUGACCCAUCUCACAAGGUUUGCCAACAGCAACUGCGUCAACUAAAGGAAGAAUUUGAACGAUACAAAGUGAAGACACAAGCUCUUCACAAAAACAAAUCAUUUAAAGAACUAAGUGAGCAAAUAGGCAACAUGGAAAAAUUAAAACUGCAAAAUGAAGACUUAGAAAAACAACUUCAUGAAUUAAAAGAGUCAAACAAUAUAAGAGAACUUGAUCAAAAAAAGGUCAUCACAAACUUACGAGACCAACUCAAGUUAACCGAGGAAAAUUACAGGCUGGAAAAAGAAGAAGCCAACACUGUCUACAAACAAAAACUUGAAGACCUUGAAAGACAGGUUUUAAAUCAAAGGGAACGGACACUUGCUCUUGUCGCUGAGAAAGAUGCAGAAAUCGAAAUGCUUAGGAGCCGUAGCCCAAGUGCCAGUCCUUCAGCUGACACAAGAUCAGUAUUUUCUUAUCAAAGGAAGUUUGUGGAGAUGACGGGUGUAUCCCAGGCCUCCAUGGACCUGCCUGAGGCUUCUGAAGCUGAUGCAGCUGUUCAUCAGCUGUUGUCCAAAAAUUCGGGAGUAAGUGAAAUUUUUAAAAUAGUGUUUCAGUAAUUUCAAUAUCCAGCAGGCCCGUAGGGAAGGGCUAGGCAACAGAUGUGCUUGCAUUCCCCCCCGCCGCCCCCUGCUAAAGAUUUGCUCUAACAUUCCAACCACUAACUAGCCGUAAAUGUGCAAGAUGUACAAGUACUCUUAAACUGCUUACAGAAACAUAACACUUUUAACUAGUCCUUUAAUAAUUGCACUCCACUAUAUAACAGACGUUGCGUUUUUCAGUAUUAUUUUUUCUAAAAAAAAGGAAUUACCAGGGGUGACUUCUCCAGUUUUAAAUAAGAAAAAGUAUAGAAAAGAACAGUUGUUAUUUAAAGUAUAAGAGGUUACACAUUUACUGUAAAUGACUCGAAUUAUUGCUCUUGACGUAAUCUGAUAUGCUUUGGGGCUAAGCUUGAGUUUUUCACCAUGACUCUCAUUAGGUUACAGGCAGCGAGAGAACCCUGGUUCAUUAUGCUCAACAACAGGCCAGAAGAGAAGCAGAAAGUACAGCCAUAAGGCGGCAGAAGAAUGAACUCGAAGCCGCUUUGAGAGACUCCGAACUAAGGUUUGUUUCCCUUUUACAAACGUUUUAAACACAUCUUUUGUAAUAGUACCAGUCUUUAUUUUGUGUGUUGAACUGCAAGAAGCUUCGAAAGCCUGAAUAAGCUGGAAAGGAUUUGUCCAGGCAAAAAAGAAGAUCUGAAGUACAAAAGCUCAAUGCGAUGAUGGACAAUCCAGACAGAAUUGUAUAUAUAGGCUAGGUUUCAAAAUAUCAUGUUGAUUGUCUGGAUCGUACCAAGGACUUUGCAACAGUGGAGGUGAUCAUUAUGAUCUAGAUGAUUCUAUGCAAGCCAGGUUUUAACUCUUUAAGCCCUAAUAACUAUCAUACAAAUACUCCAAGCUGAUCUCCAUUCGUGAUUUCCUUAAAGAAUUAGUCGAGACAAUUUGAUAAAAGAUGGAAGUGUUUUCCCUUUCGUGAUCACUUUAUUCAUUCUCGUAACCUUCUCUCGUGAUUAUGUAUUGAUACAGUUAAUUCUCUCUUUAAGAAAGGCAUCUUUAGGAUUUGCAAUAUGUGUCUGUCAUAGAGAAAUGUCCAGUGGCGGAUCCAUGGGAGGAGCCCGUCCCCCCCCCCUUAUUUUCAGACCAAAAUGAGGCCCAAAGAGCCGAAAAAAAAUUUUUUUAGACCAUGUCCCCCCACCCCCCUUAUUUCAGGGUCUGGAUGACCAGCCCCCCCCCCCCUUCUCUGAAGGUGUGGAUCCGCCACUGAUGUCCGUCUUAUUGAGAGUCAACUAAAAGGGGUGAAGUAAGGCAGCAAACAACUCUGGUUGUCCGUUUAGCGGGGUGUUGGUUAACACAGAAAUGACUGCCUGUGGACUGUUAGGAAAAAAUUGAGGUUAAUCACAUUUGGGUCCUAAGAAGUCCAUUAUCGGCAUUUUCAUGUGAAUUGCAACGUAAAUGUGCAUAACCCGGCGCACCUCAGUUGCGAGAAAACAUCGCACUUCGUUGUCUCUCGCAACAAUGCUUGAAGAGUCAGUCAUCUACAACUCUUAGAUUUGGUUGACAAACAUGAAAUCGUCAUCGCUCGCUCGAUCGAUACCUUCCGCUGUACUACCAGUGUAGUGAACAGUUAUCGGUGAUUUUGUUUCGUCUACGUGCUUGUUGAAAAAGUACUCUUUGAGGUGAGAUCCAUACCUUUAAGGUCGACAACCCGGCAAAAGUCCUGAAAGUAUACAGUCUACUGGUUCUUUUAACACGCGAGGGGAAAGUGGCAGGCAAUCUUCAUAUUUUGGAGGUUCCAGUGUGGUUAGCCUUAGGGAUCAGCAGCAAACUCAGGCUCAGGCCUUCUUUAAAGACUUAAAAUUUAAUGCUUGGGCAAAUGGUAUUGAUUUUGUUUUGUUUUGUUAAUUAUACAUGUUAGUUUAAACUUGUAUUUUGUGUAUUGUCAGAGGAGACAAACUGAUGGACCAGGCUAAUGUUCUUAAAGAAGAAAUCAGGAAGCUUGAAAGAGACAGGUAAGGGACACGAAAAUGUGGUAUUUUUAGUUGAAAUAAAAUUCAUUCACGUGGUCUGCCCUUUCCCUGUUGUUACAGACAGUCCUGUCUUCCCCUGUGGGACCAUCUCUAAGAUGGACUCUAAUAGAGAGGAGAAGUGUGACGUCACGUUGCCAUGGUAGCAAAAUUUUGGGAUCAAAACAAUAGAGAGCUUUAGCAACGGCGAGGGCAACGAAAACGGCAAAAAAAUAAGUUGAUAUUAGCAAAACAACAAAUUUUCACGUGCAUCACUCUUUUUUGUACAUUUCGUAGCCGCCGUUGCACGAUUGCGACAUGAAGCUUCCUAAUUUCACGCGCCCACUUUAGGGAGUAGGUGAACAAAACACAGAAAUUUUCUUUUUCUUUUUCUGAACUUUGAUACCGUCCUUUCGGAUUCAACUCCAGAUAAUUUCGCCUACGUUUGACAAAUCAAAUGAAACUGAAUAGAAUCGAUGAAGUUUGAAACCGUGCGAAUUCACCUUUUAAGAGACAUUUUGGGUUUGUUGUCAUCCAGAAAUUUGGCUACCAUGACAACGUGACGUAACGACUUCUCCUCUGUAUUCUAAGUAUCACUCAUUUUUGAAAGUGAAGCACAAUAUAAACCAAUAAUGUUGGUAGCUUCUUAUUGUUAUUGAGAGCAUGACCACCAUAUAAUUAAGGGAGCGUACGCAAAGAGGGUUGCGUUGGCAAUCGCAUCUUCAAAAACGGAAAAGUUUCAAUCAACAAAACAACAGCUUUACAUGUUCGUUACACGGUUUAGUUUAUUUCCUGAUCAUCGCUUGCAAAACUUUGGCCUUAAAUUCUCAGUCCUGGUGUAAUUUAUGAUACUCUAAUGUCUAUAAAGAACAUGGGAAAACGUGACGAAGUUACAAAUAAUACAGAGGGUGUACGAGUUGGAUUAAUCGCGAUGGAGUUUGAAAGAAUACGAGUUAUUUCUAUUGGUGACCGGACUUUUUCAUUGCCGUUGACGUCGUAGCUGCAUAUUAAGCUGCCUGUUAUCAUUCCCUUUGUCAUCAUCAGUCAUCGUCAUUACUGACAUUACCAUCAUCAUCAUCAUCACCGCCAGUACUAUCAUUAAACAUCACAACCCUCAUCAUAGCCUCCUGAUCCUCCAACCUUUUCAUUUACACCUGCCAAGCAGGCUUUCAUCAUCAUCAUUGUCGUAGUCAUCAUCAUCAUUAGGGAGCUUAAGCAACUACGACGACGACCACAACGACGACUUCAAAACAACAAUAGGUUUUAUGAUCAAAAGAACAGCUCUGCACGUGCGCCACGCUUUUUAGUACAUUUCUUUGACGUUCACUGCACGCGAACUACGACGUGAAACCUCCUAAUUUGACGUUUUAUGGAGGACGUGGACAUACGACGACGAAUUUUCCUUCAUCUUUUUUAACUUUAAUAAAAUCCUUAACAAUUCAACUCCAGGAAAAGUGGCCUGCAUUUAACAUAUUUAGCGGGUCUAAAUAGACGCGAUUAAGUUUGAAAGAAAGCAAAUUCAAUUUUUUACCGACGUUUUCACUGCCGUCGCCGUCGUCCUUGCUUAAGGUCCCUACAAAUAUCUUCAUCACCACCAUCAUCAUCUUCAUCAUCAUCUUCGUCAUCAUCAUUAUGCCCCUCCUCCACUUCAGCAGUAUCAUCAUCUUUGUCAUAUAUAUCUUUCUGUAUGUUUUGUAGGUCUCGUGAGAGUGCAAACAUGGAAUAUCUAAAGAACAUUGUUUUAAGGUUCAUGAUGAGCACCAGCUACUCAGUCAAACAACAAAUGAUAACCGCCAUAGCCACCAUACUGCAGUUCAGCCCUAGAGAGGUACAGUUAAACCUCUCUUAUUUCAAACCAUAAAGAGUUUACUUAAAAAGGGUACUGUAGUCAACUGCGCAUGCGUGACCUGGGACUAAAAUUUUGAAUGUUAAAAACUAGAGCCGUCGGUAAGAUUUUUUAUUUUUCAUGAAGAGUUACCUGGACCAUGAUAUGUUGCUGUAGUUGAAUUUUAAUUUACAAUAUUCCAUGAAAUUUUCCUUUACGCAGUGUUUUUUUUUUUAUAUCCAGGAUAUCCUUUCUCGGCCUACCUGUUAUGGUGGUUUUCUAACACCCCCUUAAUAGAAGCUCGACUUAAUUAGUAGAACUAUUGCAAGUGUUUAUCGUGAAGUAUUUUAUCUGUUCUCCAUCAGGAUUCCUUAUGCAGUUUUUUCUUCAUAGUUAGGUAACAAUAAAUUUUGUUUUUCUUUGACAGCUGAAUCAAGUGAGAAAAGUUCAAUCAGGAACUUGGUGGGGUACAUAACUGCCGGCAUAAGUAGCAGUUGAUGACAAACGUAUUUUAGAAUUGUUUAUCAUUAUGGAAAACCAGCAUUUUAGGCUAAACUGUACAAGUUUAUUCCUGAUCGGGAUCAAGUAACGAAGUACAUUUUCAAUUGAAAUGAUAAGGUAAUUAAAUUGGGGAGUUCUUAGAUACGGUGGCACUCAGUAGUAAGUUACGAUGCCUUGAAAGGUCUACAGUACGACACAACAUGCAUUAUGCACACAUACUAACGGAAUGUGAUUCUGAAUUCUUACUUACAACUUUUUGUUAAUUCGCUCUCAUGACUGUCUCGUAUUUCGGUAGGAGGAUAGCGUCUUCUCAAUACGAGAGUUGCGUUUCUCCAGGACGAGGAUCGCGUUUGCAACAUGCUGUAAAGGGGGAUUUCCACUGUUGCGUGAUUUUUACACGCUUAAAUGAAAUAGGGUAAUGUAUGGAAGGUCACCCUUAAAUGUAAAAGUUGAACCCCGCUGAACUUUUACUUUUAAGCGAGGCCUUCCAUAUAUUGCCUGUAUUUCAUUUAUGCACGUAAAUUUUACAUGUUCGAAAGAAAAAAAAACAUAUGCAACAGUGGAAAUCAACGCUAAGCGAACUUUUCGGAGGCACUGUUUCAUAAUAAAAUAUUUCUUGACAUGGGGUGGGUAUACUGUACAAACAUUUUCUUAGGUGGGAAGGUGGGGCCUGUUCAUUAGAAGCCGUACCCAUUACAACAGCUGUCGAAAAGGGCGAUGUAAAAUCAUGAUAGAUGAUUAGUUUCAACUGAUGUGACUGAUUCGCUUUGCCCUUUGGAGACAGUUGUUACUUUUAAGAAAACAGUGAGGUUUUCUUGACACAAAGAUUCCAAUUUUGUAAAACUAGUUAUUUAUACCAGGCAAUAAGUCUCAUUGCUGCUUAUUCCUUAGGCCUUUCAUGCCACUACUUGACACUGUGUGGGAUAAUGCAUUGCACGAUUUUUCUACGCUAUUUAUUGUUAAAUAGAUCACUCUGUCCGGACUUAACAUUCUUACGCCAAUGUUCAAAGGGUCUUUCUUUUGUUGCCUCUAUAAUCUUGGCAACAUGAGUAAGUGUAUCUAAAGAGUCUAAAUACAGUAAAGAACCUUGCGUUGUGCCUGUAAGUUACUACCGGAUUAGUCCUAUAUUUUUGCAGUUUUGGUGGGUUUUGUACUAUAUUUUCAGGUUGCUAAGUCCUAUAUUCCUAUAUUUUUGGACCCCUAAAGCUCUUGACACCCUGCAAACAGUCUGGGAAAGCCGCUACCGCCAGCUAAGCGUGAUCGGCAGACAAUCAAUACGGAGGGAUUGAGGGAGGUAAUGGUUUGGUAAUAAG